UUGAAAUUUUGAAUUUUAUUUGAAACAAUUGUUUGAAAAUAUCGUGAUUUUUUUGUUUUACCAAAAAAGCAAUUUUACCUAUUGUCAGUUCCGUGGGUCAAAGAUCGUUUUCUGUAAAAUUUUGUGGUGGUUUUCUAGAAAUUGUUGUUUUUUAAAAUUGGUUGUUUUGAUUGCAUGAAACAAAAUAAAAUCCCCCUAACUAUUAGCAGCUAAGGCAACCAAAAUAAAUAAAACGCUGCCGUGGGCAACAAUCGGUGGAAAAACACUGAACCGUUGAAAUAACUGUUUAUUUAUUAUACACUUGUCGUUUCAUCCAGCGAGAGUAACCACAUAACGGCAACACAGUUUUGGAAAUAUACUUUCCAAUGGAUCCCGCUAAGCAACUAGGAAUCGGGAAAGAGCAGGCGAAAAUAGAGCAUUUGGCGCGUCGCAAUUUCCAGAAGAAAUGGGCUAAGCUUGGUGAUGAAAAGUUGAACAGGUUCUACAAUCAAAACGAGGUCAAUCAACAGCUGCAGGAUAUACUGAAAAACAAAGAGCUCUGCCCUUACAAAUAUACGGGCAAUGGUGACUCAUACUUCGUCUCGCCGGACAUGUACAACUCAUUGCUAGCGAAAUGUCGUUGCGGUCGCAAGCGCAGUGAAACACACAUUUUAAAAUGCCUGCGAAAAGCGGAAAAUCCAAACAGUCAGCGAGCAACGAUGUCAGCCGAUGUCAGUAAUUUAGCGCAACCCCAGAGUUCUGACAAUGCAUGCCAACCAACGGCAGACAGAAGCAAGAGUGCAGUCAAUACCUCUUUUCCAAGAACCUCAAAUUCGUUAAUUGGCUGGCAAAAACGUCCUUCAAGCUACAAGCAAUGGGAGAAUUCAAUGAAACACAUAUCACCGAUUGCUACUAUGCCUCAACCACGACUGACUGCCACUUCGUAUAAUAUUCUUCACAUUGCCUAAGUGAUUAACACAAGCACCCGUUAUAACUACAAAAACUUAAUUUUUAACUUUGAAAAAAAAAUAUUUUUACAACAUUAAACACCUCUUUAGAUCUAUAAAUGCAAUUUUCCACAUAAUUCUCUUCUAGUUAAUGGGAACAUCUCUCUCCACAGCUCUUCAGUUGAAUAAAAAAUUAUUAAUAAUCAUUUUUGCAUUUCAUUUCAACAGUUUAUCACCUUGUAAUUAAAAAAAAUAAUCAAACAUUUACGGAAUUAUCAUCCAAAAUCAUAUUCCUUCAAUCUUUGUCUGACAAAUGUACCAUGUACUAUAUUCCAUGGACGCGUGAAUUCGGUUCGCUUAUGUAUAGCCGAGUUAACAGCAAUGCGCCAUUGGUUUCUCCUCUGCUUUAUUUGGCGACAACUGGAGACGCCAAUUUCCUACUGAAUAGAGGUCUGCCUCGUCUUCUACCGGUGGAUACUGAAUCGAAAACUUUCAAAGCUGAAGUGUUCUCAUCCAACCGGA